AUGUCCUCCAUAAUCUGGCCACAACGCUUUCUCCCCGGAACAACAGACAACUUCGUCUCUAAUGAAAUUUACAUUGUUGGCCUAAAAGCCGAGCAAGUUUGGCCUAAUCUCGCCGACAUCACCCGCUGGGAAUCUUACUACGACAACGUCAGCCAGAUCACUCCGCCCGCUUCCGGGUCGACACUCAGCAAGAAUGACCGCUUCAGUUUCUCAACUUUUGGAUUCCCUCCACUCCAAAGUGAGGUAAUGGAAUCUGUUGCUCCCACACCGACUUCCCCCGGUCGGCUGGCCUGGCGUGCAUGGCAGGAUGGCAAUGAGGAAACCGCCAUUGAUGUGUACCAUGCCUGGCUUAUCGAGGACACGGAAUGGGGUGCUGUCCGCAUUCUGACGCAGGAAUCUCAGGCUGGAAAGCCUGCUGCGCAGCUGGCAGUUACCAAGCCGAAUCCGAUGUUAUUGGGUCAUCAGAAUUGGGUGGAAGGUCUGGCUAGGAUCAGUAGGAAGUAA